UGAGCUGUCCUUUUUAGUACCAUUUUGUACCUGAAUGAAUCAAAAUGAAGGUUUUGCUCUGUGCUGUACUCUUCCUUUAUUUAUUAAAUUUAAACAUCAACUCAGUAUCUGCUUUAAGAUGCUACUAUUGUAAUUCGUUUACUGGACAAAAGCAAAACUGCGAGGUAAAAGUCAACAAUAAAACAAUUACUAGCAGAAACUGUACCACUGGGUACAAUGCUUGCAUGACGCUCAGAAUAAAUAAUACCAUAUCAAGAAAUUGUGCGGUAAGCAACGUCUGCCAACUUUAUAGAAACUCUACUGGAUUUAGAAGCUGCACUACGUGCGUAACAGACCUCUGCAAUAAUGGUUCGUUGGUACUGGUAGCGCCUUCUAUUAGCCUACCAUUAGGACUACUUACAUUUCUGUUUACUGCAAGAAAACUGGCAAUAUACUAACAUGUUAUUGUAUAGUUAUUUUUAUACAAUUUUGUAAUAUGUAUGUCUCGAUUAAAUUGGUUAACUGAUCGGA